AGGAACCCCGCUCCCUGUAAGGUGCCAAGUUCUUCAACAGACUUUUCAGAUCCUCUUCCACCUGCAGCUGAGCAGAGAGCCAUGAAUCCUGGUUACUCCAGCGAAGCGUCCCCUGGACAGCCUGGGGGUCCCAGAGGCGUUCAGCACAUCGUAGUGAACAUCCCCACUGAGCCCCCCACAGAUUAUCUGGUCUGGUCGCUGUGCAGCUUCGUCUACGCAAACUUCUGCUGCCUUGGAUUGGGGGCUCUCAUCUAUUCUGUCAAGGCCAGAGACCGGAAGGUGGUUGGAGAUCACAGCGAAGCCAGGCGUCACGCCUCCUGCGCUCGCAUUUUCAACAUCGUGGCCCUGACCCUGACGUCUCUGAUUCUCUCCAUCAUCAUCAUUGGGCAGAUUGCCACGGGUGUGAAAGUGGCACAACUUAGAAGGCAGACAGACUAUUGGAGAGGCAAUUAACCAUCUUUCGUAAUGUUUGAGGUUUUUGUCCAGCGUGGUUGUUCUGGUUUUACUCUGACAUCAAAAUGAAACUGUUUUGCAAUAAUGCUGGUGGAAAAGCCUAAAGCGGCGAAGAAGCGCUUCGUUUCUGUCAAGUUUGCUUGUCAACCAAACGGCAAAAUGUGUCCCAGCUCACAUGAAUAAAAAGCUUGCUUCACAAUAAUAAAAAACAUCCGACUCUGAGCUCUCUAAACCACA